CUGGAACUUCAACCUCUCACCCGCUUGCACUCAAUCAAUCAUCCUUCAUCCGCCAGCUCGCACAUUCUUGGGCCCCUUCUCCGUGAUCUAUCUCCAGUUUUACCUCUUCCUCAACCUUGCGGCACUUUCGGCCCAGGGGGGUUUUCUCCGCACUUCAAAUCGUCAUUGCUUGUGAUCGCACACAGUAAACACUACAGAAUCCAGAGACUUUGCGACUCGUGCCCGACGCGCGACGCCGAUCAUCGCAUCGCGUACCUACUCUCACUUGCCUGGCCACCAGGGCGGGCGCGCAUCGCCAUUCAACGCGGACUAAUAGCCUGACAUUGACCCUGUCGCGCAUAUCGCAUUGGUCUUUUCACUUCGGCAACUCGCGAAAGGAUCCGCGGAGCAUCUAAGAAGAUCCCAGCCAGCCCACUUGCUCAGCUCAGCGGCGAGAAAGUCCGCCGUGUGGGCGCAUCUCUACGCAAGCCCGAUCUCCGAAUCUGAGAGGGGGAGCAGGACUUCCAAACCAAAAGAGUCGUUGACCCCCGCGCGCACACGCAGGUUCGCGCCUUCAUCGGCCACCCCCAGACAACGUCGUUCAGGAUAAGCUCGCCCACGACUCGAUUUGGGGUUUGACAUAUUCCUUUUUGUCGUGUUCAGCGCGGGGCCGUUAGUUUCGGGGCACUACACCCGUCUCCUGCGGCACAGGACCGUCGCUACUCUGAGAUAACCAUAGCACACACACACACCCACCACAUUUACGCGCAGACGCAUACGCGAGCACACCUUUGACACCUUUGCGGAAUCGGGAUCUUGCGCCAUUCAUCCACUCUUGCGCCGCGCACGAGUCUCUCUCUGGCUGGUCUGGCGCGGACGCCUGUCCCUGGGCUGGAGCUGAGCUGACUUUUUUGACGGACUGUGGACUCGACAUCUUUUUGCUGCUCGAUCACUGACCUGACCCUGCUCGCGCCGCCGCCGACACAACCUUGACUUAUUUGGAGACCCAAAGCCGGAGCUACGGUUUUCCUUUCCUAGCCCAGAUUCAGACUUUCGCCGGAACGAUAUCCACUGACAAGUGUGCGUGCCCCAUUUUCGCCACGUUUCGGCGGAGAUUUCCUUGGGACAAACGAAAGCAAAGUCCUGGUUCCUGGGAUAGGACAGUUGCGGUUCAGUCUCACAGGCGGGGCCAGAGACUAUUGUAACUGUGAAGUAACUUGGAUGAGAGAGGCGAGACUCACUUCACGGUUGUCGAAUUGAGGGUUCCGACUUGAGCCAAGCAAGGCACGAAACCGCAAGGCACCCUUUGAAGAGAGAGAGAAAAAAAAAGAGGACUCCACGAAUUGACUGGGGUUACUUUAAGGGGAGGAUACGUAACCGGAUACUUUGGAACCUCGAAUUUGCAACUCCAAUACGGAUAUUAAAGUCAGCAGCGAACCACCACCACCCCGGCGGAUGAUGAGUCUGACAAACCCGCCAUCUGUCGCAUCGGGCCCUGGCUCGGUGCGGACAGGCACGCUCAAGAGAAGCGUCCAGGCAGCGUUUGAAGACCCAGCGGACCGCGGCCUCGGCCACAUCAAUUAUCAGCCCAAGGUCCGGGUUAUCGAGCGAUAUAAGGUCGUCGGAUUCAUUAGCUCCGGAACCUAUGGCCGCGUCUACAAGGCCCUUGGCCGCCAGGGCCAAACUGGCGAGUUUGCCAUUAAGAAGUUCAAGCCCGACAAGGAGGGUGAACAGAUUUCGUACACGGGCAUUUCUCAGUCCGCCAUCCGCGAGAUGUCUUUGUGCAGUGAGCUGAAGCAUGCCAAUGUCAUCAAGCUCAUCGAAAUCAUACUGGAAGACAAGUGCAUCUUUAUGGUCUUUGAGUAUGCCGAGCACGAUCUGUUGCAAAUCAUUCACCACCACACACAAAACCCUCGCCAUCCCAUUCCGCCGCAGACGGUCAAGAGCAUCAUGUUCCAGCUGCUCAAUGGUUGCCAGUAUCUACACGCCAACUGGGUCCUGCACCGUGAUCUCAAGCCCGCCAACAUCAUGGUCACCUCAGCCGGGGAAGUCAAGAUUGGCGAUCUAGGUCUGGCCCGCCGCUUCGACAAGCCCCUGCACUCCCUCUUCAGCGGCGAUAAGGUUGUCGUGACGAUCUGGUACCGCGCGCCGGAGCUCAUACUCGGGAGUCGUCACUACACCCCCGCCAUCGACAUGUGGGCCGUCGGCUGCAUCUUUGCGGAGCUGCUCUCGCUGCGGCCCAUCUUCAAGGGCGAGGAGGCCAAGAUGGACAGCAAGAAGACGGUGCCCUUCCAGCGGAACCAGAUGCAGAAGAUUGUCGACAUCAUGGGCCUGCCGUCCAAGGAGCGCUGGCCGCUGCUGUCUGCCAUGCCCGAGUACCCGCAGCUGGCGACGCUGCAGCCGCCCAUGACGCCGCAUCACCACGGUCACCACGGGCACCACCGCGGACACGGGUACGGUCACCACCCGCCCGCGCCGAGCGGCUCGAAUUUGGAGAAGUGGUAUUACAGCACCAUUUCGCAGGGGGCUUCGAGCAGCGCGACGUCGGCGCCGCAAGGUGGAAACGGGGGCGGCGCGCCGCUGGCGAGUCUAGGGGCUGAGGGGUAUAAGUUGCUCGCGAGCCUGUUGGAGUACGACCCCGUGGAGAGGUUGACGGCGGCCAAGGCGCUGCAGCACCCGUUCUUUUCGACGGGUGAUCGGUUGAAUGCGCACUGUUUUGAGGGGUUGAAGAAUGAGUACCCGCAUCGGAGGGUCAGUCAGGAUGAUAACGAUAUCCGGACGAGUAGUUUGCCUGGCACCAAGAGGAGUGGGUUGCCUGAUGAUUCGCUUGCUAGGCCUACGAAGAAGUUGAGGGAGAUUUGAGGGUGCGCGUUGUGUGUAUGGUCUUGGUGUGUGUGUGUGUGUGUGUGUGUGUGGUAUGGAUCAAGGCAUUGGCAUGGUACGGCGUUUCCAUCGGUGUCAUGUGAAAGAUGUAGAUAGCGGUACAUUGGCGUUCUUUGAGAUUGGGCCUUUUGGGGAUGGGAUUUGCAUCAAUACCACCAUUACACGAUUGAUAGAGA